AUGACCUCGCAGCAGCAGGAGCACCCAGAGGGACCAUCGAACAGCUGGGGGGGACGGGACCCAGACCAAGGUGGCCAGGCCGGUGCCUGGGCGCUCAAGCCUGCCUCCCCCAACGGAAAGGCAGCUCCAGCUCCUCCCAAAGCCAAAACCAAAGCAACAGCUUUGAAGGCAAAGGAAGCAGUGCGGGAAGGUGCCUGUAGCCACAUGCGCGCGCACACGCACACGUCAUCCACCUUCUGGAGGCCUAACACACUGGUGCUCCUAAGGCAGCCUAAAUAUCGUCAGAAGAGCGCCCCCUGGAAACACAAGCCUGAUCACUAUGUCAUCAUCAAGUUCCCCUUGACUGUGUCCGCCAUGAAGAAGCUAGAAGACAGCAAUAUACCUAUGUUCAUUGUGGAUGUCAGGGCCAACAAGCACCAAAUCGAAUUGGCUGAGAAGAAGCUCUAUGACACAGAUGUAGCCAAGGUCAAUAUCCUGAUCAGGACUGAAGGAGAGAAGGCAUAUCUUCAACUGGCUCCAGGCUAUGAUGCUUUGGAUGCUGCCAACAAAAUUGGAAUCAUCUAA